ACACACACACACGCACACAGUGUUUGGAUCUAGAUUAUGGAUUUCAUUUGCAGCAGCAGCUCUGUUAUUGCAGAGCCCCGCCACCAGGUGGCAGCCGUGUGUCGAAGCAACAUCCAUCACAGAGACACACGCGGAAAGCAUGUUAGUUCCUGCAGAAAGACCUCGUGGCCUUGAAUAAAACACAUUAUACAAAAAUAGGAUAAAGUCAUUUUAUACAGCGAAGCCACAAUGUAUAGAACAAAGAGGGGGAGGAGCCUAGUGUUCAUCAUGUGACCCAGCAGCAACCCUCAUGAGUUUGUUUCAGAAGACAAACGCAGUUUCAACUGUGAUGAGACGUUCGCAUACCACAGUGCGCAUGCGCAUGCGCGCGCUCUGUUGUCAUGGAAACACUUUGUUGUGUGUGGCGAGCGAGCGAGCAGACUAAACAGCGCUGAAGAGAUUUGAGCAGCACGAGGAGCGGAAACACGAAUCCUGGUGAUGGCCUUGUCACAGCGUGAUGUCAUUGACUUCUCAGCACUGGAGCGUGAGCUACAGACAGCAGUGGAGUGUGAACACACGUAUGAGCGAGAGAAUAAUGCCAAACUGAGAGCCGUCAGCCACAGAGUCGCCUCCUACAGGGAGUUCAGAGACAUGGUCCUGUCCUGUCACCUAAAGCCUCUGGAGAAGAAAGACAAAGAUGGAGCUUCACGGAAACAACCCUGGAACCCUGUAGCCCCGCCCCCGAGCAACAAGUGACGCCCCGCCCCUUCUGGUCACCAGAAAACCAUAAAAAUUCAAAUAAAUGAAAGUGUGACACCA